CACCACCUUACCAACGCAACAAUGCCGCUCGACACGUCGGCCUACGCGCUCGCGCUCCUCCGCCUCGACGGCCGCCGCUGGAACGAGCUGCGGCGCAUCCACGCGCAAAUCAGCACCCAGGCCGCCGCCGACGGCUCGUCCUACCUCGAGAUGGGCAACACGAAGGUCGUGUGCACGGUCGCGGGGCCGAACGAGGGGCGGCGGACGGGCGGCGGCGGCGGCGGCGGCGACGAGGCUCGCAUCGACGUCGAGAUUGGCUUUGCCGGCUUCUCGGGCGUGGAGCGCAAGCGGCGCGGCCGCGGCGACAAGCGCACUGCAGAGAUGCAACACACGCUGGCGCAAGCCUUCCGCGCAACACUGCACACGCAACGCUAUCCCAACUCGACCAUCACCAUCACGCUGCACAUCCUCUCGCAAGACGGGUCGCUGCUAGCCGCGAGCCUGAACGCAGCAACCCUCGCGCUCAUCGACGCCGGCGUGCCCAUGUCCGACUACCUCGUCGCGUGCACAGCGGGCAGCACGGCCUCGUACGCCGCCAACGACGAGGCCGCCGACCCGCUGCUCGACCUCAACGCCCUCGAGGAGCAGGAACUGCCCUUCCUGACCGUCGGCUGCCUCGGCGAGAAGGAGGACGUCACCGUCUGCGUCAUGGAGACUAAGGUCCAGAUGGCCCGCCUCGAGAGCAUGCUUGCUGUCGGCGUUGAUGGCUGCAAGCAGGUCAGGGAGAUUCUGGAUAAUGUCGUCAGGGCGCAUGGCAAGAGCAUGCUCGAGGGCACGCUGGGCUGAGCCGCGCUGGCGUCGUGGUGGAUCGAACCAGGCUCCAUGAAGAAGAAGAUGAAGAUGUAGAAGAAGAGUGCUCGGCCUCCGCUAGAGAGCAGCAGGGCCGCAAGCGCCGGGCACCGGAUUGGCCGCUGCCACGUUGAUGGAAUACCUGCAAACCGACCGAAGCGCAGCAGCCUCCAAGCUCCAUAGCGCCGCACCUAUGCGAGGCCCGUCCAUUUUUGUCGUGCAGUGUUAUGAUAGACACGUUCAGACAGACCUACCGUAGAUGCCCCAACGAGGAUCCGGCCAGAAAAUCACACCAGGUAGUAAAUAAAACACGACCGAGAGCUAUAUACCUACGGUUGCAGGCAUAGACAACUAUCGUCGUUUCAUAUCCCCGCAGUGCGUGGUUCCCAG